AUGAGGAAAACGUUAGGCAAACCUAAAUUGAGGAACUUACGCAAAAUAAAAAGUGUCAAGGUCAUAAAAAGGAUUAAGACUGAAAAUUCACAGUGUCUCAUAAGAAUUUUUCACAGCUUGGUGGAAAGAGCUGAUAUAAGACUUGCUAACACUGGACUAGAUCAUAACACAUUUUGAGCCAUCCUGCACAGCAUAUUUGGAAUGACUAAUGAUAUGCUAAUGAAUAGGGUAUUUUUUGCAUUUGACAAAGACAAUGAUAACUACAUAAAUGUGAAAGAGUGUGUUAAAGGAUUAUCAGUGUUUCUUCGAGGGACUUUUGAAGAAAAGCUGAAGUUCUGUUUUGAAGUUUAUUAUUUCAAUGGUGAUGGUUACAUUUCUCGAGGGAAAAUGUUGGACAUGUUGAACAGUCUACACCAACAGUCACCUGAAGAAGAGACUGAUGAAGGAAUAAAUGAGUUGGUGGAUAUAACACUGAAGAAAAUGGAUUAUGACAGCAAUGGCAAGGUAUCUUUUGCAGACUUUGAAAAAGCAGUGAAAGAAGAUAAACUUUUGUUGUAAGUGUUUGGACCAUGUUUACCAGAAGCAAAGGUACAGUGCCAGCAGCCAAAUUGGUUGAGGGAAAAUUUCAAAGGAUCAGAAAAGAAACACUUGCUAGACACUUAACCUCUGUAGGACUUCAACACACUACUGAAGUUUGGGCAACCAUGAAGAUUUCGGCCCCAUCCUAACAUUUGGGACCCAAGACAGUAGUGACUAUUUUAUUAUAUUCAAGACUUUUUUUGAGCUUGUAACCACCUUAGCCAUACACAAUUCCUAAUUUCCUGUAUGUUAAUAUUUUCCCCAAAAAACCCCGAGAUAUAUUGGCUUGCUUAAGGGAUAGAACAGCAAAUACAGAGUGGAUUCAGCAAGUACCCACCAUAAACUGCUUGGAGAAAACUUCAUCUUUUUCUCUUGUUUGUUGUCAAACAAUGAGAAUAAAUUAAGUUUUUAAAAUUUUGGACACGUAUAGUACUUUAUAGUAUUUUAUUUGUGCUCAUGAAGGAUUUUUGAGUAUGAAUAUGACAAAGGUUUUCUGAGCCAGAAGAGUCAGCCUGAUAAUUAAUUUCACUCAUUAACAUUUCCUUUCUUAAUUCUUCCUUUGACCAACUGUGCUUUGCAAACAUGUGAUAUAGGAAGAAACUUUUUAUUCUCUGCAGUAAUUUAGAUGGUGAUUUUGUGAAUGAAUUUGCAUACUGUUAAGCUAUCCUUAGCUAUUUCAGCUCAUCUAACUUGUCCCGUUGUCGUUUAUUCUGUUUUAAUUUUGUCUGGGAACCUGAUGGGUGAAAGAGUUUAGAAUAAUGGACUAGAUUGGAGUAACUACUUAGGUUCAGAUGGAACACCAAGGGUUCUUCAGCUGCUCCCCAAGUGUUCAUCUGUAAGCCAGUUAUCUAGAGCCUUACUACUCAAAGUGUAGUCUGUGGACCAGCCGCAACGGUAUCACCUAGGAACUUGUGAGAAAUGCAGAAUCUCGGACCCCACCUCAAACCAGCUGAAUCAGAGUUUUUUUUUUUUUUUUUUUUUUUAAGUGCUUGACACAAGAAAGGUUUAUUUUUUCUCUCAUUAUGGUCAAAUUUUGUGUAUGUUGGCAGGGACAAGGAGGGCUGGCCUUCACACAGUCACAGAUGGGGAAUCCACUCAAGAACACAGAACCCACUUAGCAGCUCCUCCCUUUAGGGCUAUCAGAGAAAAUUUUUUUUUAAUUGAAGUAUAGUUGAUUUACAAUGUUGUGCUAAUUUCUGCUGUAUUGUGGUAAAAUACACCUAUCAUAACAUUUACCUUCUUAACCAAUUUUAUGUGUACAGUUCAGUAGUGUUAAGUACAUUCAUGCUAUUGUGCAACCAAUCUCGAGAACUCUUCUCAUCUUGCACAACUAAAACUCUAUACCCAUUAAACAACUUCCAAUUUCUGCCACCAUCAGAGUCUGCAUUUUAAUAAGACCACAAGGUGGAGAUUCACAGCACCUUAAAAUCUGAGAAGCCUGAUCCAGAGAGCAACUUGCUUUUUCCAACUCUAUGCUGAGGUGACUAAUAUAUUUUUUUAACUGAGAGUGCAGCAAAAGUAUAGUUGACCCUUGAACAAGAUGGGUUCGAACUGUGAGGGUCCACUUGUAUGUGGAUUUCUUUUUCAAUAAAUACAUACUACAGUACUGCAUAAUCCAUGGUUGGUUGAAUCUGAGGAUACAGAACAGCAGAUAUGGAGGGCAGACUGUAAAGUUAUAUGUGGAUUUUUGACUGUGUGGAGGGUCAGCAACCCUAACCCCGCGUUGUUCAAGGGUCAACUAUAUAUCUAAUUACCUCACAAGGAAGUAGAGCCAGACAGACACCUUGCCUGCAGCUUCUUUUAAUACCAUCCACAACUAAGUGCCUUCCUAGCAAGUUUGAAUCAGUAAGUCAUAAAUGAAGGAGGAACUUCCUAACCUUUAUAUUCAAAUUCAAUCCAUUAGGCAAGAGGCCCUUAAGGACAGGGAGAAAAACAGACACCAUUUGGUAUGGGCCUCUUCAGGUUAUUGUUAUAUCAGUAAAAAAAAAAAAAAA